AAAAACGUAUUUGUCACAGACUUUUACAAAGAAAUUGUACAACGUGAUUUCUGAAUGUUUCUUCAGAUUCUGUCUCUCACUGUGGAAAUGCACAUAUGAUGAAAAAUUUAGACACGUCCAUGUUUUAAAAUUGUGAGAACUUGCUGAAUCACAGGGUGAUCAAAUACUUAUUGACCUCACUGUAUAUAAGUAUCAAUGUUACUGUUUUUCUUGGAAAACAAUGGAUCACACAUAGGAUGUAUGAUCCAUCCCCUUGGGUCCAACCUGAAGCUAAGUAUCAGGAGCUGAACAUACGUACAUUAUUUUUUGGGAGUAAAUGACAAUAUGCAAUUUGAAUUGAUCUCAAGACCUCAUCUCUCACAUCCACAUAAACUUUUGAUCAUACCGAAAACGUUUAACCCCUUGAUAUCCAUUGAUGCACAUUUGCAUAUCCAUUCCAAUAUAUUUAAAUUUUUUACGCAGGUGUAAAUUAAUUUAGAUGUUAAUAGGUAAACAAUGUAUGAAAUUCAUAAAUUAUAUAUUUUAAUGUGACAGGCUCUGAAAGUUUUCAAAGCUAAAGUUUAAUUCUAUAUCAAAUGAAAGUAUAAAAAGGGGCCUAUGCUUUGUUCUUGUGCGCUUGCUUUGAAGAGGGGGAGGGGCGGCAAUGACUGCGCGUGAGUAGUUAAAGGACUGGCUUGCCAAGAAGCUGAUGCAAGACUACAAACGGUCAAGAUGCCACGAGGAUCUACAACAAAACUUUGUGUCAGCUGCAAAGCUGUGAUUGGUGUGGCAACUAAGACAUGUAAAGUAUGCCAAACAAUCCAGCCAAUGAGGCAAAGGCUUGCCAAAAAACUGGAGAAGUUUCAAUCCAAAAAGGAGACUUGGUUGCAAAAACACAAGAAAAACAAAACCACCACACAUGUUUUGGAUGAGGCAUCGGUUUUGGUGGAAAAGUUGAAUACUUUGGGACAAAAAGCUGUUGUGUUUAUUGCCAGACCUGGAAAGAAAACAUCUACGUGGCAUACACAUGUCAUUCACCCUAGGUGGCAAUUAACCGAUCAAGCUGGACAGUGUCUGGACCGCAUGAAAGACCUAUAUGAGCUAAUGAUCAAUGGUUGGACGAGCCUUCAAAUGCCCUCUGGUCCAGUCAUCCAGCCUUCAGCCUCACCAGCCAUUCAACCUUCAACUGCACCAUCCAUCCAGCCUUCAGCCUCACCAGCCAUUCGACCUUCAACUGCAUCAUCCAUCCAGCCUUCAGCCUCACCAGCCAUUCGACCUUCAACUGCAUCAUCCAUCCAGCCUUCAGCCUCACCAGCCAUUCGACCUUCAACUGCACCAUCCAUCCAGCCUUCAGCCUCACCAGCCAUUCGACCUUCAACUGCAUCAUCCAUCCAGCCUUCAGCCUCACCAGCCAUUCAACCUUCAACUGCAUCAUCCAUCCAGCCUUCAGCCUCACCAGCCAUUCGACCUUCAACUGCAUCAUCCAUCCAGCCUUCAGCCUCACCAGCCAUUCGACCUUCAACUGCAUCAUCCAUCCAGCCUUCAGCCUCACCAGCCAUUCGACCUUCAACUGCACCAUCCAUCCAGCCUUCAGCCUCACCAGCCAUUCAACCUUCAACUGCAUCAUCCAUCCAGCCUUCAACCACAGGUGUUCCAGCAAAGAAAAAGAAAAAAAGAGAUAACAAGAAAGAUUCACCUGGAGAGUGCAGCCAUGGGGGAGAAGAUCAGUUUUACCCAGUGAAGCAGGUCUUGAAGACAAAAAAGCAGAAGGGGAAAUUAAUGGAGUUUGUUGAAUGGGAGCCAUGUUCCAUGUGUGGGAAAACAUGGUCUCCACAGUGGGUGGAAAAAAGGAACACCAAAAAGUAAACCCCAAAGGCACCUCUGUUGAUCAGAUUGACCUUUUAAAUUAUUAUUGUUGUUUGUGUUACUGCUUUCUAAUUGUUGUUAAUAAAAAUGUUCAAAUGAAAGGGUUUGAUCUACAUUUUUUAUUGCUCAACAUGCUCACAUGUAUGAUAUACCAUAGAGGUAGGACACAUUUGUUGUGAAAUUCUAAACAAAAGUUUACAAUAAAAAACAUACAAAAAAUUUGUCAUAUAACCAGAUAUCAGGUUUUUGUGUUGGAUUGUCACAGCUAUGGCAAUUGCAAAUGAUCAUACCUCAAGUUAUAAUGAUACAUACUUAAUAGUAAAUCUUUUUUGGUAUUUAGUAUAAUGAAAUAAGAGCAAAGAUGUAAUGCAUGGAGCUGUAUUGUGCAACCUAAAUAGAUGAAUGUAUAUUUGAGGUAAAAAAAA